CUCACGUACAUUCUAUCUACAGCUCAUAACACGGCUUGUGGUUAUGACCUCGUUUUAAAACAUACAGAAACAACAAGAAAUAUCGCCCUUGAAAACCCAGAGUGAUCUACACAUCAUGGGGCGUGUACAACUGUUCCCAAAAAGUGCGUUUUACAGUGUCUUCACACUUUGUGUGUUGUCAGUCUUAGCUGAAAACCCGUGCAAGGUCACACAAGAAAAGGCUGACUGCAGCCACCUCAAACUGUCUGUAAUACCCUCUGACCUUCCUUCUACCAUCAAAGAGUUGGACCUUUCUCACAACCAGCUCAAGAAGCUGCCUGCUGCCAAUCUCUCCAGGUAUGAUCAACUGGAGCAUCUGGAUGUUGGUUUUAAUACCCUCCAUAUAUUUGAACCAGAACUGUGUGAGAAGCUGCCUCUGCUAAGAACCUUAAACCUGCAACACAAUGAGUUUUCUAAGAUUUCAGAAAGAUACUUUGUUUCAUGUAAAAAUCUACUUGAACUAUAUCUGAAUUACAAUGUGAUAACUGCCAUCACUGGAAACCCCUUUGAAAAACCAGAGAAUUUAUCUAUUCUGGACAUGUCACACAACAAACUGACCUCUACCCAUUUAGGUGACAGACAACUCCAUAAUCUAAAGGAACUUAAAUUGUCUAGUAAUAAGAUUGUGGAACUCAAGAAGGAGGGUCUUGAAUUUCUAGCGAACACCUCCCUCAAAAAGCUUGACCUGUCAUCGAAUCCCCUUAAAGCGGUAACUCCAGACUGUUUUAGAGCUCUAUGGAGUCUUCAUACUUUUGUAAUGGCUAAUACAACUCUUGGACCUACUCUCGUGGAGGACCUUUGUUCAGCAUUAGGUGGCACAGGAAUCCAGUUCAUUUUAUUAGCAAACGUACAACUGUUAAGAAUACAUAACAAAACUUUCAGUGGAUUAGCAAACACGGAUCUUGUAUUGCUGGAUAUCUCUAAAAAUGGCUUGAUCGAGAUAGAAAAUGAUUCGUUUGUUUAUCUAUCACACUUACAAAAUCUAAAUCUGGAAUAUAAUCAAGUUAGUCAACUAAAUCCCAACACAUUUCGUGGCUUGACAGAAGUGAAGACUUUGAAUUUAAAAAAGUUUUUUACUUCCAAAGUUACUUCCAAAGUAUCAAAAAUUAAUGACCUAUCAUUCCACUGGCUGAAGAACCUUGAAUAUCUCAACAUGGAUGGCAACAAAAUUUCCAGCCUUACAGAAAAAACCUUUAGUGGUCUUACGAGUCUGAAAACAUUAAGUAUGACAGAAUGCUCCGCAAACUUACAGACCAUUACAAAUGCAACAUUUUCCUCUCUUUCAAUGUCACCUUUGCUUACGCUAAAUCUGAGUAAAACUGGGAUAGCAAUAUUGGAAUAUGGAGCAUUUUCCUCCCUGGGAAGCCUACAGUUUCUUGAUCUGGGUCUAAAUAGAAUUGACCAGGACAUUAUAGGUCAUGAAUUUUUAGGUCUUCACAGUAUUGAACUGAUAUAUCUUUCUUAUAACAACCGCCUGACACUCACCAGCAAUUCUUUUAAUUUGGUUCCAAGUCUUAAGAAGUUAAACCUCAGAAAGACAAAACUAACCUUUAGAGACCUUGAACUUUCUCCAUUUAGAGUUCUAGAAAAUCUUACCCUUUUAGACAUCAGCAACAAUAACAUCGCUAAUAUACAGGAAAACAUAUUUGAAGGUCUAUCCAAUCUUAGAAUUCUCAAUCUUCAGCACAACAACUUGGCUCGAUUAUGGAAGAAAGCUAAUCCUGGAGGACCAUUUAUGUUCCUUAAAGGGUUACAUAAUUUGGAAAUACUUAACUUGUUAUCUAAUGGCUUCGAUGAAAUUCCUGCUUCAGCUUUCCAAGGGCUGUCAAAAUUAAGGAUUUUGGGAAUGGGAGAAAAUAAUGUAUGCAUUCUUCCUCCAUCAAUAUUUGAAGAUCAACUAUCACUUUAUGAAUUAGAUCUUCAUAAAAAUCUCAUAACAUCAGUUGAGAAAGUGCUGUUUGUGAAUGUUUUAAAAAACCUUAAGAUAUUAAACAUGGGUGGAAAUCCUUUUGAUUGCACUUGUGAGAGCAUAGCUUGGUUUGCAAAUUGGAUUAAUACAACCAAUGCUACUAUUCAGGGCUUGGACACUCAAUACAUUUGUAAUACACCAAGCAGAUACCAUGGAAUUCCUGUGAAAUUCUUUGACAACUCCCCCUGUAAGGAUAACGCACCAUUUAAAACACUUUUUACACUUACUUUUACCCUGGUGGUUAGUUUCAUAUGUUUUGUAUUUCUGAUACAGUUCCAAGGGUGGAGAAUACAAUUUUACUGGAAUGUUUCUGUGAACAGAAUUCUUGGCUUCAAAGAAGUAGAUUCUAGAGGAGAGAACUUUGCUUAUGAUGCCUACAUUAUUCAUGCUGUAAAGGAUAUGUCAUGGGUUGAAAGAAAUUUAAUUCCUCUCGAAGAAGAAGAUGAUGUGUGCCAUUUUCAGUUCUGCUUUGAAGAAAGAGAUUUUGAAGGUGGAACAUCACAGCUUACAGCCGUCGUUAACAGCAUAAACAAUAGCAGAAAGAUAAUUUUUGUUAUAACUCAACAUUUUUUGAAUGAUAAUUGGUGCAAGAGGUUCAAGAUUCACCAUGCUGUUCAGCAAGCCAUAGAGCAAAGCCGGGACUCCAUUAUAUUGAUCUUCCUUGAGGAUAUUCCAGAUUACAAAUUGAAUUACACCAUACAUCUAAGACGGGGAAUGUUCAAAUCUUCCUGCAUCUUAUACUGGCCAGCUCAUAAAGAGCGGGUGGAUGCUUUCCAUCAAAAAUUAAAAAUUGCUCUGGGAUCCUCCAAUCUAGUAAAAUAGCAUUCAUUGAAUGCAAUAAAUUUGUACAAAACAUGACUGUGCUUUCAUAUACAUUUUUAUUUUUUGUGUUUAAGUAGCAAAAAUAAACAAGCAGCAUAUUUUAACAUCGA